AUGGCUUCACAGUUACGUUUCUGUGGUGAAGAAUUUGCUGAGUUAAAAUUCAGCAAAAACCAUUGUCCACAAUUUGUCUUAGCAGGCGUAAAUCCAUUUGGACCGUAUCAGAUUUUCGCUUGCAUAUGUAUAUUAUACGCAACAAUCGAAUGGUCAGGUAAUGCAACGUUCCCUUCUGUCCUUGGAGCGGUUCAACCGACCUGGCAGUGUGGCCAUCAUGAUGGCUCAAUCAGUUACAUUAAAAUAGAGGGGAAUGAAGCAGAAAAUUGCCAACAAAUAGCCUUAUGUGCAAAUUUAACAGCUAUAAGAAAUUCAACCGGCUUCUACUCAUUGGUUGCAUCAUAUCAACUGAUAUGCGAUGAAAAGAAAAGGCUAAAAACCAUUCAGCUGAUUCAGGCAAUUGGAAAUCUUGUUGGCGCAUUAGUUGGCGGGCAUAUCGGUGAUCACUUUGGAAGGAUGACAGGAUUUUUCACCAGUCAACUAUGUAUCCAAGUAACUUCAGUGAUGACUGUAGCUGCAAAAACGUGGUAUACAUUUGCGAUAUGUCAAGCCUUCAACGGAUUCUUUUAUGGCAUAAUUGAGGUGAUGUCCUUAACGCUGAUGAUGGAAUAUACAAAUAAUAGAUAUCGGUUAAUUGCAAAUGCUUCAUUCCAAAAGCCACUUGCCUACUUGGUUAUAGCGCUUAUAGCUUAUCUUACGAAAGAUUGGCAACAUUAUUUCAUUUUCCUAAAUUUAGUAACGUCACCGACUGCCAUAGCGUUCAUGCUGUUUCUGGAAAGUCCACGUUGGUUAGUUGCAUCUGGACGCCUUGAAGAGGCUUGUGAGGUGCUUAACGAUAUGGCACAUCCUCGUUGGAACAAUACUGGUUUAAAAUUUACAGCCAAUGAUUUAAAUUUGAUUCCAAGCGAUAGUCCUAAAAGUCGACCAUUCUGCUACAAUAUCUAUCAUUUGUUUUGUACAAAACGUUUGAUAAAGCAGUCCCUUAUGCAGUUACUAAGUAUGUUUACGUAUGCAAUGGUAUCUGCCAGCUAUGUAUUCGUGGCACGUGGUAUGCAUGACAAUGCCAUACUGUUUACGUUUUUUGAUGGUCUCUGCCGGCUUAUCAUUCCGCUAGCCAUCGUAUUUCUCGAUUUCAAAUUCUAUCGUUUUGGCCGUAAAUUACAGUUUAUUUUGUCACUUACCUUAAUAUGUGUAUGCUACGCAGCAGUUAUUAUCCUUAUUGUCCUUCAUACAAACUAUGAUCACGUCUCAAUCACGGUUAUUGUUGUUAUUGCAACAAUGUUUAACGAAAGUGCCGUAUGGAUGAAUAUUGUCCAAAUUACCACACAACGGUUCCCAACCGUAAUACGAUGUAUAGCAUUUGGAUGCACCUACGCAAUAAAGCAUGCCGGAUUCAUAGUGGCAAUUAUGUGUAUUGAACCGCUGCUUGACAACCAUCCCAUAUGGGCCUUCAUUAUUCCUGAAGUUUUCUUGCUUAUGACACUUCUUUUCGGACUCUUCUUCCAGCCAGAAACAAAAGGGAAAGCACUGCUUGACCGUUUAAUUGAAGGGAAUUUUGGAAGAGUAGAGAACGAAAUACCAAAAGCUUUGAUGAGAGUGGCGGCAAUUCAUCGCUUCAGUGAAAUGCCAGUCAGGGAGCGUUUAAGAGGGAGAAAACCUAAUGGGAAUGAGGACACUAAAAAACAGUCAUACAGUAUUGAAGAGGUUGACGUUGCUUCCGAAACAUAG